GCUAGGCUUGCAUUUAGGAUAAAAGAAGAGAAAUUAAAGAAAACACAGCUGUGCGAUAUUGUCCUAAAACCUUUAAACUUCGUAAAUAAAUAAGCAAUUUUUGUACACAGUGUUAAUAUGACAGUUUUGCGCUUUUAUUUGUUUUCUAUAGACUUUUAAAACGAUAAUAGAAGGAGUCGCCAAUCUUCAAGAUGGCCGACAAUAAUAUUGAAAUCUCUGAGUUAGAAGAGGAUCAAAUUAUUAUGCGAAAUGAGUGGAGACGAGUUUCAAGUUUUGCUACUUUUCCUUAUAACAUUUCAGUGAGUACCAUUCGCCUUGCUCAGUCGGGAUUUUAUUACACAGGUAGAGGGGGUCUUUGUCGUUGUAAUUUCUGCGGCUAUGAACAGAGUGAGUGGACACAAGAAUCUUUACCAUUUCAUUGUGAUGAAAGUUUUAGAAGUGAAACGGAUGAACCAAUUAACCAUGAAAUCGAUGGACAUUUUUCUCCUGAUAACAAUUUAUCAACACAAUUAAAUCAAUCCUCUUCAUCAAAUACAGAAUGUGGUUUUUAUUUAGCAAGUACACAUUCUUUUAUUCGUCUAUGGGAAGGAAUUGGUGCAUCUUAUCAAGAACCAUCUUUGGAUAGCAAUCCAUCUCAGAACCAUCCUGAUGUCUUCCAAAUGCUCAGAAUUGAAACCUCAGAUUGUCCUGAUUUUAAUGUCGGUCAACAGCCUCAUCUCAGAGAGAGUAACUCUAAUAUUUACCGACAAUUAAGAAUUUGUGAAGAGACAAAUUCUCGGUUUUUAUCGUCAGAAAAUAGCAAUGUGACCUCAAACCAAUCCACAAGGGAAAUGAUAGAGAGCGAAUUUUCCAUAACUGAAGGGAAUGGUAUAUCUUCUCAAAGGGAAGAAAAUAACCAGCUAUCACAGAAGCAAACAAGUCGGGUUUUGCAUCCAUCAAUUAAAUAUUUUUGUAAUCAGAAAAAAAAUGACUCUGUCAAUAAUUCCAACAGUUCUAAAUCUACACAAGAGUCAAAUCCUAUUGAAAGGAGAUCUGAGGAGUGUGCGAAUAGACAUCGUCAACAUCAGCUACAUCGAAGAAGUCUACCCGCAAUCGAUAUAAGUGAUUUUAAUCAAGGACAAAGUCUUGAUAUAUCUGGUUCCCUUGGUUCUUUAAAUUCAGAUCGUCACAUGAGGCAGUCUUGCAAUCUGUCAGACUUUGGAAUUCUUAAAAGACCAAACCAAGAUAUUCUAGGACAAGAAUGCCCUCCAAUGAGCAGAUCCGUGAGGAAUACACAAGAAAUACCACAAACAUACACAGAAAGGUUGGCAACAUUUCACAACUGGCCACCCUACUUAAGACAGCGCCCAAGGGAUUUGGCGGACGCUGGAUUUUAUUACACAGGAUGCAUUGAUUGUGUACGUUGUCCAUAUUGUAACACGUUCUUCUCAGAAUGGGAAUCAAAUGAUAUACCAUUAGAGGAACACGCUCGGCAUUCUCCAGAUUGCAAAUUUAUCCAGCAAUGUCGUCAAAGACAACAGGACCAGGAUUUAGAAAAUCAACAGACAACAAGGGAAACCGUUACACUGGAUCAUAUAAAACAUCUGGAUUCUCUAAAAGAAGCGCUCGAUUUCUCUUUUAAUAUUGACGACAUCCUUCGAGCAUACAACACGUUAUCCCAAACACUUGACAUUCGGGAUGUGACGUCAACAGACAUACUGAGAUUCUUCUUUGAGGCUGACCAGGAGGAGGAGGAAGCCUUCAGUGGAGACAGCUGUGUGUGCUGCAUGUGUUGUGAUCGUGUAGUGUGUGUAAUGUUCCUACCAUGUCGUCAUGGAUGUUGUGAUGAAUGUGAACAUGAAACAGAGCAGUGUCCCUACUGUUCUCAGUACAUCAAGGCAGUGCACCGUGUGUAUGUCGGGUAGAAAAGUAACUCUAUUCAUAAAAGUAUUGGAAAAUGUAAUGGAAAUAUUUAUCUUUCCAGAAAAAGCAUCAUUCCAUAUGUUUACAAAAGUUUUAUAUCAUAUCAUUAACAAUAUUUAUAUAUAGGCAGUAAAUCAUUUAUUUUUAGCAUUGAGAAACAGAUUUGAAGACGUUA